GAGUCCCCACGGCAUCGGCCCCCGCGCGCACCUGCCCGCCUACCCGCUCUAUCCACCGGGAACGUGGUGCGCGGGGUAUGGGUGGAUGGGGACGGUUCUUCUUCGAGGGCGGGGGCGGGGCAUCGCCAUGUUACCCAGAUGUUGAUGCUUCUGCUCCCUAGCCGGAUUUGAAUCUCCCCUGUUCGGGUCAAGACUUCUGCUCUUGCCCAGCUGCAGUCGUGUCGCGUCGUUGCGAGGUGUUCGGAUGCGAUUUUUCAGUGCAGGGCGCUCGGAGUAUGCAGAUUUCGAGUGUGGAGUGAGAUUUCGUGUCGUCGUUUCAGAUGAGUGAGAGUUCUUGUUCGUGGAAAGGUUGCUCAUGUUAUUACGGAUGUCGUGGCUUUUGCGGAGAGAGGUGAUGAAUUGAGGUGGAGUGUUGGAUUGGCGGGAUCGAUUUUUGAAGCCGGGGAGCGCCGUGUAGAGGCGUGACUGCAGUUCGACACUGGGAUUGAAUUAAUUUUUGAAACAGGUCUCGUUUCGGUUUCGGUCGCGGAUGUGUCGAGGUGGGCACGGAAAGGAGGUAUUGCAAAGGGGGAGUUCUCGUGUUUCUUUGUGACGGUUGUACUUCUCUCUGGCGGCUUAAAUGCAGAAAUGUAGGGCGCGAUUGUGCUUUGUUGGAGUUAUUGCAUUGGAAUGAAGCAAUGGAGCGAAGUUCUUCUGUAAUGGUUCAUCCAGCGAAGGUGGAACCAGAGGCUUCCUUGAGUGAAAUGGUGAAAGAGGUUUUGCAACUCGUGCAGAAAGAUGGACUCCUCUCUAAGAAACAGAUGGAUUAUUGUGACGAUGCCUGCGUGAUGCGCUACCUGAAAGCUCAUGGGAAAAACGUUUCAAGAGCAGCAAGGAUGCUGAGAGCUACUCUGAAUUGGCGCGAGAAGAUUAGCAUCGACUACUUGAUUGCGGACGAAUUUCCAGCGGAACUGGCUGUAGGAGCUGCGUAUGUUGCAGGUUACGACGACGAGGGUCGACCUGUUUUGGUGAUAAAAAAAAAGCCCGAGUACAUACUUAAUAAAACUUUUAAAGAAUAUCUCCGUUAUUUAAUCUUUACAAUGGAGGUCGCGAUUGCUGCUAUGCCUCCAGGAGUAACCCAGUGGGUCCUCAUCGUUGAUACAGGAGGUUACUCAAAAAUACGUGCGCCGUGGACUAGCGGCAUUCUCACCUCUCUUAAGAUUCUUGCUGAUCAUUACCCGGAGAGGCUCGCCAAAGCCUUCAUCGUUGAUGCACCUGCCAUGUUAUACUACGUCUGGAAGGGGAUAUGCACUUUUUUUGACAACUCGGCGAGUGGCAAGUUCAGUUUUUCAUAUUCCAGAAAUUAUCUUGUGGUUCCAAGACCAUCGGAUACCUCAAAAGAUUCGUUUUUAACAAAACCUUUUUCUAAGCAUACUCGGAGGAGGUCGGCCAGCUUUUGUGCACAGCAUAUGAGCUCUUCGGUUCCUUUCAGAACUAAAUCAGCUGACAUCACACUACUGGAAACAACAUUUGAUGGAGUUCCUAAUAGAAACGAGGAUAAGUCAUCUUGCAAGUUGUCCGAGGGACCGGAAGUGGCAUCAAGCUUGAGAAGAAGAUCCUUUUCGUUCCGAUCUGUGGCUGGUCCCAUCAAUUGUCUGUCACCCAAUCUAAAAGAUGACGAACUUGGGAGUUUCAGAAAUGAUGACGAAGACCUUUUCAGUCGACCUGAAAUGCCAGGAGCAGUGCCCGCACGACCAAAACGAGCUAAAGGUCUUACAUGGGAUGGUUUAGUUUCUAUCUUCUACCCACAAAAGAAGAAUGAAACUACUGUAACUAAUGAAGUAAAACCAAGAAGUUUCGAAACUUUUAGACCUUACUUUAAGUUUCUACAGGUAUCAUAUGAUGAAGCUGCGUAUAGAGCAUUGAUGAAGCCCCCUCUCGGAGGCCUGGCCACGAUCAUCUCCAGAGACUUGAAACGCUGGAACUGACUUUGACCUUGAUCUGGGUAAGAUCCAUGGGUUAUUCAUUGUAAACAGGCUUCAAUCCCUACAUUUGGCCUUCCGGUUCCUUCGAUUCCCUUCUACCCUUAGGUACUUUCCUUGUACAUUUAAUCAUGGCUGCCGUAGUCUCUCUUUAGUUUGAUUAUCCAUCUUUACAUGAUGGUCAUUGUUUCAUUUAAACUCCGUCAUGAAGAGUGAGAGUUUCAGCCCUGGAGUUUUCCGAUCUUUUGAAGCUUGUGCAAGCGUGUAGGAAACUCCAAAUUCAAAGCGUAAGAUCUGUGCUUGCUUAGUGGAAUUUACACGGAUGAAUCUUUCGAAGUCAUUCUUCUGAAACAGUACAUCAAUUAAAUAAUAUCUAUCUGAUUGAAAGAUCACCAAAUUUUUAGGGUGGUAUAUUAUGUACAAUAACUUGUGUAAUUUUCUUUUAAAAUUCAAAGGC